GAAAGAAGACAGAGGAGAGGAUCGGGUGAUACAAGGUGGCGAGGAGUGAAAGGGAGGAAAAGGGGAGCAGAGGGGCGUGCGGACCAAAGAGAACGGAGACACACACACACACACAAAAAAAGCUCGUGGAGGAUGAGUAUGCCUGUUUAAAGGGGUCCAAGUCUGCACUGGUCUGCUGUCUUGCUAUUCCUGACUGACGGCAUCAUCGGAUUUGGACCAAAGUCUGUCUCCCCCUUUUCUCUCGGUGCUCAUUGAGAGUGGAGGGCCUCCCAAACACAGACCAAGACUGGCUGCAUGUAUCACCCCGCAGAGCUGUACUCUGGCCGUAACGCAUGGGACUCCUAUCCAGCUGGAGGACCUAACAGAGGACAAUGGGCUCCCGUAAACAUUCGUCCCUGGAGCCACACAGAAAGGUGCCAUGGAGGGCGCAAUCAAUCACAUAACCCAUCAUCAAGUCGUCUUUACAAUAGGGGGGAGAGGACAGUCAACCAUGUCCAGGACAAGGUCGUCUCAAAGGGGCACCGACAGCCGCUACGUCUCUGGGAGGGGAAGGAGCAGCCGUUCGAGGCCCAGAACUGGCAUCACAACUCCACGCGCUCAUUCCACAGCCGAGGUGGCACCAACAACGGUUAUCUGACAGGACCAGGCGAGCGCUACGUAAACUGGGACCACAAUGCCAGCAACUCUGUGCACGGGGGGCCUCGCCAGCAUCGCAACAACAGAGAACUCCAGUCCCCCCCAGAGAGAUGGGCCCCCUCAGACUGCAACAGGAGCUUUCCUGGCAGAAUUAUCAACAACAGACCAGGACCGUGGAAACGGCCAGCCCUCCACCAGCGGCGAGACCAACUGCACCAGCACAGUCCCCCUCCACAGCACCCUCUGUCCCCCAGGGACGAAUGUCUAGCCAAGAGGAGAAGGGACUCUGGGCCUGAUCAGUCAUCCCACCCUGGAUCAAGGCAUUUGUCUUCACUUGCCCAAGCCGCAUCGCCACCUCGCUACCACCGCUGCAACCAGGACGACUGGAAGCCUCCUAAUGAAAGGGGGGGUCAUUGCCACCACUAUGACCACAGGACCUCAACCACACAGCAACAGGAAACCUCUAAACUGCGAGCUGGAGGACACCUAGCGGCUCCGAACCAGAGCUGUCGCAGCAGACCACCAGACCACGGAAGCAAUGGGAAGGUCGACCGGAGAAUCUCGUCAUCACCAGCAGACCCCACCCGUGUGCCUUACAGCCAAAACCAUCACUACUACGAUCAACGGCACACAGGCCACCCCAGAGCCCUACCGCACAACAUGCCGCUACACCCUUCUGAGGACAAGGACUCACGGAGCCAUCACCACAAACAAAGCACAGAUCCUCAGCGCACUCAUCAAAGGGGCAAUUCAAGGGAUCCAGACUCUCCUCCUUAUUCGUCCCUCCUCUGCAGCCCUAAAGAUGGAGGUUCUUCUGCCAGCAGUCCACAUGCUUCUUCCAGUCCCUCUUCAUACACAGUUGCCAGUGGCAGAAAAGAUCCAUCAAUCAUUCAUCAGUUUAUCCCUGGCCUCAGUGGACAGCAGAAACUACAGGGAAGCCCUAAUUACACCCUGAGACCUAGUCUGACAUCUACCACGUUUCUCACAUCUCACACUGGUCCAAAAUCCAGGUUUUUGGAUGUAAAAUAUGGAAAGACCUUGCAGCCGCUCUGCUCACGACAGUCCCCCCACGGCCGAUCAAGAGCAAUCAAGCCGGAAAAGGAGUUUGAAGAACAUAAAAAAACAGAGAAGCUGAUGAAAAAGGACAGGAAGGGGGAAGUUCAAAAGACAAACAGAAAGGGUGAAGAGAGGAAGAGGCAUAAGAAAAAAGAGGACAAAAGGUUGGCCGAGAGAAAAAGGAAGAUGGAUAAAGCAGCAAGGAGGGAAAGAAAGUUAGGCUUGAAAACUAAGGUCACACAGAACGAAAUGUUUGCCUCCAUCUCUACUCCCAAAUCUUCAGGAGAGGCCAAAAUAUUUAAAAUGGAGACUUCCACUCGGUCCCCAGAAAAUCAAGGCCAGUUACCACCCAAACACAAGCACAGGGCGAGGAGGGAACGAGGAGAGAGGACACACAGGCCAUCUACAAACACUCCUCAUUCCGCCUGCACCUCAACAUCUGGAAAUCACAAAAUGCCCAAGAGGAACAGAGUUCCCUCAAAACUCCCCGUCAAGGAACAACUAAAACGAUCUCUUCCCAGGAAAACAUGCCCCAGCCAGACCAGCAAGAGGCCCACCUCAUCCCGAUCAAAAGCUCGACCAAAAGCAAAGCCCGAUGACACGCUCCCCUCUCUUUUAUUUAAAGCCUUAGCACCUCUCAGCACAGCAUGUUCUAUCAGCUUAGAGCGGCCCAUCCAUGGCAAAGAAGGCGGGCAUGGAGGGGCUCUCAACGCUCCGGACCUUCAGCCUGUGGGAAAUGCGAAGGAAACGGGAGACAACCUUUCCAAUACUCCCCCUGUUCUCAGCUGGCAGGGCUCUCCAGUAUCAACUCUGGGAGAAGAUGAAGAGGAGCUAGAGAAGGGAGUGUUGAGUAGACCUGUCCUCCAGCCCAGCCCCACCCAGUGCUUCUCUCCUCCUGUCGACAGCAAUAGCACUGAUGAGAUGAAUAAGGAGCCUUGUGAAAGCAUACCGGCUGAUUAUUCAAACGAUGGCAUGUCUGAACUCGGUGAUCUACCUUGUGCAACAGAACAAGUUGCUGAUGGAGAGAAGGAAGAGGAGGUGGACGGCCGCAGGGGAACCUCUGGCUCUCUUCUCCGUGAGCUUCGCCACCACAAAACGGGUUUGGACGAUGUCUUCAAGAGCCUGGCCACCUUUCUCGGAGGCCAGCGGGUCACAUGUCGAGGCGGUCCAUUCGGGGGGCCUCCCGCGUGCUCCACGGGAGGAGUGAAGUAUUCCUCUUCUCUUGAAUUGGGGCCAGAGAUUCAUGAGCAUCAGGAUUUCUCCCCACAAUCCGACCUUACAGCAUCCUCCAAAUCCAGUAAUCAUUCACCAACUCACUGUACCUCCACGUUUCUGAAAACCCUGAGUCCGACACGUCUGAGGGAGCCUGUUGUGGACACCCUGGUGCAGGAGAAGCAGGAGGAAAUCAAGCCCAACGUAAAAGAGAGCAAAGAGGGGAAGGAUAUGGAGAUCCUUUCUGAAAAGAACGAGUCAUCUCUUUCGGAUGGGUCCCUGAGUGCAAAGCUGAGACUUACCACAACACACACAGAUUCUUUCACCAGCCUCAUUACACUCUCUACCAAGGAAGAGAGAGGACACAGUGAGGAGACGGAACGCUUGGGUACUGAGAGGAAGAAGAAACAAAAGGUUAACGAUGGGGAGAGCGAAGGAGAGAUCAAGAUUAAGAUAAAGACGGAAGAAAGCAGCGUCAUCUGUUCUAAAAACAAAGCAAAUGAAAUCAGGGAUUUGGAAGAAAAAGCUGUUUCGUCCUCUUUGCUCGUCAUCUCCAGAAAGUCCCCCAAACCUCUCAAAGAAAGGGCCAGUAAGAAGGGCCAGACUCCUCAGGAAAAUCCAACCCCACAUGACAACCACAUCCAGAAAGAAAAAGUGGGCGCGGGGUACGCCGAUGUAAAGAUCAUAACUGAGAAGAAGGAAGAGUUAGAAACAAAGAUAUCCUCAGCCGCCGGAAAAACCAAUACCAACACCAUAAGUCCAGCGUCAACUGUAACAAUCAAUCCAUCUAAAUUGCGUGUGACCACACCAGCAAGCAAACCGCUCUGCUCAGCAGCUCCAAUUGACCCCAUGAAACUGAAAGCAUUGUCCAUGGGCUUGUCUAAGGAGCUAAAGAUCCUCUUGAUUAAGGUGGAGAGUGCUGGAAGACAAACAUUCAACAUAUCGGAGCUGGAGGAGCAAAGAAUCCCGCUCUGCAAGAUCAGCAUUGAAAACACGGGUGCUGAAGUGGUCAGAGCUUGCAAGGGGACGAGGGUGAAGGGGAAGUUCAAGGAGUCUUUCCUGCUUCCAGCCUUCUCUGUAAAACCUAACAUUGCCACCAACAUCCCCAUUCCUCGAGAAAAGCUUAAUCCUCCUACGCCGAGCAUCUAUUUGGAGAGCAAGAGGGACGCUUUCUCUCCGGUUCUGCUUCAGUUCUGCACUGAUCCCAAAAAUGCGGUGACUGUCAUCAGAGGCCUUGCCGGCUCCCUCCGCCUUAACCUUGGUCUGUUCUCCACCAAAUCGUUGGUCGAGGCCAACGCGGAGCAUGCGGUGGAAGUGAGGACUCAGGUCCAGCAGCCCGCCGAUGAGAACUGGGAUUCAAGUGGUUCGGCGCAGACGUGGCCCUGUGAAAGCAGCCGCUCGCACACCACCAUUGACAAAUAUGCUCAGUACCAGGCCUCGAGCUUCCAGGAGAGCCUGCAGGAGGAGAAGGAGAGCGAGAAUGAAGAGGAAGGAGAGGAGGCCGAGUCUGCAGAUACGACGGCCGCUACAAAAGCUGCUCUGACCUUAACUAACAUUAAAGCCAAUUCUGCGACCUUCUUCAGCAAAGCCCAACCUGUUACUCCCAACAGCACAACCAGCUCAGAGCAGAAAACAGGCGGAAAGAUCAUCAAAUUUGGGACAAAUAUUGAUCUCUCUGACCCUAAAAGAUGGAAGCCUCAGCUGCAGGAGCUGCUGAAGCUGCCAGCUUUCAUGCGCGUGGAAUCCAGCAACAACAUGCUCAGUCACGUCGGUCACACCAUCCUGGGCAUGAACACCGUCCAGCUCUACAUGAAGGUGCCAGGCAGCCGCACGCCAGGUCAUCAAGAGAACAACAACUUCUGCUCUGUCAACAUCAAUAUCGGCCCUGGUGACUGUGAGUGGUUCGCUGUUCAUGAGCACUACUGGGACGCCAUCAACCAAUUCUGUGAGAAGCAUGGUGUAGACUACCUAACAGGGUCCUGGUGGCCAGUCCUGGAAGACCUCUACAGCUCCAACAUUCCUGUGUACCGCUUCAUCCAGAGGCCUGGAGACCUGGUGUGGAUCAAUGCGGGGACUGUGCACUGGGUCCAGGCGUUGGGCUGGUGCAACAACAUCGCCUGGAAUGUGGGGCCACUCAACUCGUACCAAUAUCAACUCGCCCUGGAGCGCUACGAGUGGAACGAGGUGAAGAAGGUGAAGUCCAUCGUUCCCAUGAUCCAUGUUUCCUGGAAUGUGGCACGCACCAUCAAGAUCACCGACCAGGAUACCUACAAGAUGAUCAAACACUGCCUGAUGCAAUCCAUCAAGCACAUCCAGAUUCUCAGAGAGCAGCUGGUGGCCGCGGGGAAGAAGAUCUCCUACCAGAGUCGCAUGAAGGACGAGCCCGCCUACCACUGCAAUGAGUGUGACGUGGAGGUGUAUGAUCUCCUACUGGUGACCAGCGAGAACAGCACUAAGAAGAGCUACGUGGUGCACUGCGAGGACUGCGCCCGAGCUAAGAGCCCGUCGCUGGCGGGAGUCGUGGUGCUGGAACAGUAUCGGAUGGAGGAGCUGAUGAGGAGCUACGACACCUUCACGCUGGCUCCAGCACCCUCUUCAAAGUGAGGACUCCUGCGUGGUGUCUUUCAGCCAUAACCAAAACUCUAAUGGCAGCACAAAUGUUGUCUUCAAGGCAAUCUAUUUCUGCAAACACUCUUUGAAUCAGCCAAUCACAUUUACUCAGUAUUGUUUACAUCACACAAUAAGGUAUGGAUACUCAGCCAAUCCAACUAUAGCUCACUGUCUUCCCCAUACCAGCUGCUGAUUGGACGUGUGUUUUGAAAUAGAAUGACUAGACUGGUACUUUUCAUGAAAAGCAUUUCAGAUAUGUACAAAAAAAAAACAAUGUGAGCACUGUUAGCACUGAAAAUCAGGUUAAAUGUUCAACGGACACUGCUGUGAUUCAAAAGCGUCAAGUAGCCGGUUCUGUGUAAAUUCAGGUACUUUUAUGCAAAUUCCGUAGAACUUUUUUAUACCAAUCUAGUUAUUCUAUAUGUCCAUGAAUUUGCUGUGAUUCUGUUGUACCAGCAGGGGAAUCGCUUCACAGGAGAAGUAGCUGUCACAUUUGGCAUCGUAUUGUUUCCUCUUUUUCUUUGGUAUUCAGGUAAACUCUGACAUGUGUAACUCCUGUCUGUAUACUCUUUGAGGUGCUAUUCCAAUCUCGUGUAUUCCCGUUCGAUACUUACAAAGUUUUACCAGCCUAUUAGUACACCACAUUGGCCUUGCAAACUGUAUUUAUAGGAGAGGUAAUUAGAGGAUUAAACAAACAAAUAAUGAUUUAUGUACAUAUUUAAAAAGAAAAAGUUUUGAAAAGUCAGUUUCUCUAAAAUACGGGUUUACUAGAGGACUAAUAUGGUUUCAUUCU